GAAGAGUUUUCGCAAAACCAGAGAGGCACACAUAUACAUUUACAUACAUGGAGAGAGAAAGAGACAGAGAUAUAUAGAUAGAUAAAAACAUAUAUCUAUCUACAUCUAAUCUAUAGAGAGAGAGAGAGAGAGAGAGAGGAACCAAAACAAAGAAACACACAUACACUUUCCCCAAAUCUCCACCUAAAUUUAUCAUUCUCGAAACCCUCGCUGAAUCUCCACAACUGAAAAUGUCACCAUAUCUUUUCACUGAAGAUCGGACCCCGAUCGACUCACCGACUCGAAUCUGAGCCUAUCGAUUCUUCUACUUUUUUUUUUCUUUCUUUCUUUCUCUCCGAUCGUUCUUGUUUACAGUAUUCAAGAAUACCCAAAGCCAUACUGUGGUGAUUUAUUGGGAUGUGAUUUGUAUGGGUUGACGAUGCCAGAGCUACGAAGCGGAGCACGGAGAUCAAAAAGGCUUGGUGAUCUGCAGCCUUCUCCUCAACCAAUCGAUCAAGUGGAAAAUUUGGCCUUGCCUGCUCAAAACAGAACCAGGAGGAGGGUUGGUGGAGGAAGAGGAAGGGGUGGUAAUGCAACGGUAGCAAAAGGUCCUUCAGCAGCGACACCUGUGAGGCCAAGUACUGCUGGUAGAGGAAGGGGGAUUAGGUUGAUAGAUCUAGACCCGGAUCCUCCUUGUGAAGGUCCUCCCGAAGCUGUUGCUAUAGGGGCCGGAGAACCAGUUUUUAAUAGAAUAGAGGUUGUUGCAGAUAGAGAGAUUGCAAUGGAGGGUGGAAGUGCGGAUAAAAUGUUGGGCGUUGAAGAAGAAACAAACACAAAUCCCGUACCUGAUAAGGUACAAGUAGGUAAUUCUCCUGUAUAUAAGAUAGAAAGGAAGUUGGGUAAGGGUGGUUUUGGCCAAGUUUAUGUUGGCAGAAGGGUAACUGGUGGCAGUGGAAGAACAGGACCAGAUGCACUUGAGGUUGCUGUGAAGUUUGAGCACCGGAAUAGUAAAGGCUGCAAUUAUGGGCCUCCGUAUGAGUGGCAAGUUUACAAUACUCUGAACGGGUGUUAUGGGAUUCCAUGGGUUCACUACAAAGGUCGCCAGGGAGAUUUUUACAUUCUGGUCAUGGACAUGCUUGGGCCGAGCCUUUGGGACGUCUGGAAUUCAUUAGGCCAGUCGAUGUCGCCAAAUAUGGUCGCUUGCAUUGCGGUGGAGGCAAUAUCAAUACUUGAAAAGCUUCACUUGAAGGGGUUUGUGCAUGGAGAUGUGAAGCCAGAGAAUUUUUUACUUGGUCAACCUGGAUCCGCUGAUGAGAAGAAACUAUAUCUUAUUGAUCUUGGUUUGGCAUCUAAAUGGAAGGAUGCAUCAUCCGGACAACAUGUUGAGUAUGAUCAGCGGCCUGAUAUAUUCAGGGGCACGAUAAGAUAUGCAAGUGUCCAUGCACAUUUAGGUCGGACAGGAAGUAGAAGGGAUGAUCUUGAGUCAUUAGCUUAUACAUUGAUAUUUCUCAUUAAAGGAAGAUUACCAUGGCAGGGUUAUCAGGGAGACAACAAGAGUUUUCUUGUUUCUAAAAAGAAAAUGGGUACUUCUCCGGAAUUGAUGUGUUGCUUUUGUCCUGCCCCAUUCAAACAGUUCCUUGAAUCUGUGACAAAUAUGAAAUUUGAUGAGGAACCAAAUUACGCCAAACUGAUAUCCUUUUUUGAGAGUCUGAUUGAGCCAUGCACGUCACUGAGACCAAUUCGAAUUGAUGGUGCCCUCAAGGUUGUUGCUGUGAUUGUCUGUUUUAAAAUUUUUGUAAGAUUCUUGGUAUCUUAUUUUUUCUAUUGUCUUUUGCAAGAUCAGGUCGGGCAAAAGCGUGGAAGAUUGCUUAUAAAUUUGGAAGAAGAUGAGCAACCUAAGAAGAAAAUACGGCUAGGUAGUCCUGCUACCCAGUGGAUAUCAGUCUACAAUGCCCGCCGUCCCAUGAAGCAGCGAUAUCAUUACAAUGUUGCUGAUUCAAGGCUGCGCCAGCAUGUGGAGAAGGGUAAUGAAGAUGGAUUAUAUAUUAGCUGUGUGGCUUCUGCAACAAAUCUUUGGGCUGUAAUUAUGGAUGCGGGAACAGGUUUCUGUUCCCAGGUCUAUGAACUCUCAGCUGUGUUCCUUCAUAAGGACUGGAUUAUGGAACAGUGGGAAAAGAAUUACUACAUUAGCUCGAUCGCUGGUGCUGUUAAUGGGAGUUCCUUGGUUGUUAUGUCUAAAGGAACUCCUUAUACCCAGCAGUCCUACAAAGUGAGUGAAUCUUUUCCUUUCAAGUGGAUAAAUAAAAAGUGGAAAGAAGGUUUUCAUGUCACCUCCAUGACAACUGCUGGCAAUCGUUGGGGUGUAGUAAUGUCAAGGAACUCAGGAUAUUCUGAACAGGUAGUGGAGCUUGACUUUUUAUACCCAAGUGAAGGAAUACACCGGCGAUGGGAGAAUGGUUUCAGGAUAACUUCCAUGGCUGCUACUGCUGAUCAAGCAGCCUUCAUACUGAGUGUACCAAAACGUAAAAUGAUGGAUGAAACUCAAGAAACUCUGCGUACCUCUGCCUUCCCAAGCACCCAUGUAAAGGAAAAAUGGGCCAAAAAUCUCUACAUUGCAUCAAUAUGUUAUGGUCGGACUGUUUGUUAAUGGGUGGAGUGUGUAGCUUCCAUUCAAGGAAUUGGAUUGGAAUCAAAUUCUGGAAGCUUUCUUGUGGGAAUGAUUAAUUCGAUUAUGGUUUUUAGUCAGACAUCUAGAGGUUUGACUUCUGAUCAGAAGAAAAUCCAGGCUUCUCAUGUAAAAGCUUUCAUCAAUGCUUCUGUAGAAUGGAAGAACAAAAGAGAAAAAGAAAAAGGAGUUGCCAACCAAGCAUGUGAACUGUGAGCAGUCUUGAGAUGGCAGAGACAGCGUGCUAGCAAAGACUUUUGUGAAUUUGAGAUGUAGACCAUGGCAAUUGCAGCCAAAGUUAUGAUGGUUCAUAAUUGUCAUUGUACUAUAACUUUUAUUAAUGGGAAACAAAUGUUACAUAAUUUAAAUUGAUACAGAUGCUA